GCCAUAACUUCCGCAAACAUGAACAUAGUACAAUGCUGAUAGUUUGGAGUUUGCUAAAUGAGAAAUGGAUCAAGAAAUAUUGAGUAUUUUACAAGAAGCUGGUAGCGAAUUCAACAAACAGCAUUUCAAAGAAGCAGAACGCUUAUACUCGCAGUUUAUCAUGGCCUGUGCCGAGUGCAGCAACUGCAGUGCAGAAGAUCUUGCUGUUGCAUACAACAACAGAGGACAGGUGAAGUACCUGAGAGUAGACUUCUAUGACGCCAUGGAAGAUUAUACUUCAGCCAUCCGAGCAAAAAAAGAUUUUGCGGUGCCUUACUACAACAGAGGUCUGAUACGGUAUAGGCUAGGUUUUUUGGAGGAUGCAGAAAGAGACUUCAGGAAGGCACUGAAUCUGAAUCCUAGCUUUGAAGAUGCGAAAAUGAGUUUAACACAGACCACAACAGAUAAAGAAAACAAGUUAAGGCGGGGAUAUUAAAGGCUGUCGAAAGACAAAUAAACCGACUUAAUGUUAAAUGUGAUUAAAGUACUGUAUAUCAUUGCUGCACAGUAAAUAAUUUACUUCAGUGCUGGUUGAGUUGUACCAUUUAUAUUAAUGAUAAUGAGUGGAUAGGAGGAAAGUGAUCCAAUGGCUAUGACCUAAACUACGAGCAGAGUUUUUAGACCAAUAGCAAAAAACUUUUGGAUUAUUGCAAGUAGAAUCCAUCUAUCUAGAAGCAUGAAGCCUAUAGUCUAGUAGAACGAUUUACAGAUUAAUUUAAGCAUUUAAGAAACAGAGACAUAUAUAAAUGUAAUAAAUUUUAUUCAGAUUUAUACUUUAAGAACAGUGAUUCCAAAGAGUAUAGGCGCCGAUCCCAUUAUCAACCACAUCCAGAUGCUACAGGAGUCAGUACCUAAAGAAUGAAAUAAAAAUACAAAUAAAUUGAUUCCUUCUUGUAUUUUGGCACUUUUAGCAUUAACUAUGGUAUUUUAAAACCACAAGUUUUACUCAAGACAAAAAAGCACCAUAAAGUGUUUACUUUCUUCAAGUUCAAGUCUAACUUUGUAUAUAACAGUAUAUAAAUAAAACAUAUAUAAAAUCUGAAACAAAAACACAUUGAAAAUGUGAAGCAAAAAAAAAAG